AAGGCGCCAAGUUUGUUUCGGUUUCAGCCAGCGGUCUCUUUUUGCAAAUAAUUGUUUGUAUUUAUGCAAUAUUUUAAUGUUUUGCGGAUUAUUGAAUAUAAGAGUAGCUGAUGGUACAUGUGAAACGUUUCUAUGUGAAUAUUGAUAGACAUUAUUGAAUUUGCAACAAUACGUUGGCGUUGCUUGAUAUAUUUUUGCAUAACAGCAGCAGGAAGUUCAAAAUGUCAACAAUGCGUAUAAUUUAUUCGAUGGCCCUACAAAGAAACAAUUAUGUCACGAGAAGUUGCAAUUUAUAGAAAUGGAAAGAAAUCUCAGGCUAUUAUUUACCGAAAAUCAUAAUAAUAAAGGGUGCGAAAAUCAAUCGGGAAAAUGGAUAAUUAUGCGGUGUCUUUUGUCAGCUCGGAAUCGCUGAUCAUGUCUUUAUUAGAGCAGAUGAGAUGUUUAGAAAAUGAGAGGGACAAUGCUCGAGUUCUUGCCGCAAGAAUGCGGGAAAGGCUGAAGAAAUAUCAAAACAAUGAGAACGACAUGUCUGGUAAUUGUGACAAUUCCAGGCAAGACUUGAACAACAAUCGCCGUAUCUCCAAACUCGUUAAAAACGUAAGCUCCGUCGUGUUGAAUGACCUACAGCAGGUUAUCCACAACGAAGAGUAUCGCAAGUUGAAAGAAAUAUGCGAUAGAAGGGAAACGGAAAGGGAUGCCAUCCUUCGUGGGCAAGUCACGGUGUGCAAAAACCACUAUGAAAGGAUUUUGAACGACUCAGAACGGGAGAAGAACGAACUUCGUCGUAAAAUGAAGGAACAACAAGAUAUGUUAUUGGACAAGGACAUCAAAAUAAAAGAAUUAGAGAGCAAAUUACACGGAAUGAGUCGUAAAGAUACCGAAGCAUUUACAGAAAUAUAAGAGCCUUUGUAAGGUCUCCUUACUGCUGUGAAUUCAAACAAACACAGUGUAUAUGCACGUGUAAUUGAAGGGAUUACAUGGCGUCAUAUUUUGAUGUUUAAAUAAGGUUCACACCAAUUAGAUGAUUCCAGAAAAGAUUUACGUGACGUAAAUAGUUCCUCAAUUAUUAACAUACUUGGAUCAUUUUAGGUCAUUAUUGACAGUAAAUCACUGCUUAUCAUCGUAUACACGUACAUUUGUAUAUUAAUGUCUCAUUGAUAAUGUCUUGAAAGCCUAAA